ACCCCUCUACCUCUUCAACCACUUACUCCACAAGAACAGCGUCAGUCUUCCCAAAAACCAAAAGAAAGAAUGGCAACCUCUGCACAGCCAUCCUUACCAGAGUUCUCCUCCUCAGUCAAGCUUAAAUACGUGAAACUCGGCUACCAAUACCUCGUCAACAAUUUCAUCACCUUCUUACUCAUCCCUGUAAUCGCCACUAUCAUCUUACAGCUUCUCAAAACCGGGCCUGAAGAUCUCCAUGCUUUAUGGAAAAUGACUCUCCAGUUAGAACUCCUGCACGUCAUCUCUACUCUUUUCUUAGCCAUAAUAGCAUGCACCAUAUACUUCAUGUCUCGUCCUUACCCUGUUUACCUUAUUGAUUACUCCUGCUACAAACCCCCUAAAACAUGCCGUGUUCCUUUCGCCACUUUCAUGGAACACACUCACCACAUCUCUUCCUUUGAUGAGAAGAGCGUCCAGUUCCAAAUGCGCAUUCUUGAACGCUCCGGCCUCGGUGAAGAGACUUGUUUACCUCCUGCCAAUCACUAUAUUCCUCCCAGAGCAACCAUGGAGGCUUCUCGCGCUGAAGCCCGCCUCGUCAUGUUCUCCGCCAUUGACGACCUUCUCAAGAAAACCGGUUUGAAACCUAAAGACAUUGAUAUUUUGGUCGUCAACUGCAGUCUCUUUUCACCUACUCCCUCUCUUUCCGCCAUGAUCAUCAAUAAGUACAAACUCCGUAGUAAUAUUCGCAGCUUCAAUCUCUCCGGCAUGGGCUGCAGCGCCGGUUUGAUCUCCGUCGACCUCGCCCGUGAUCUCCUUCAAGCUCACCCUAACUCCAACGCUCUUGUUAUCUCCACUGAGAUCAUUACUCCAAAUUUCUAUACCGGAAACCAGAGAUCCAUGCUCCUCCCCAACUGUUUGUUUCGCAUGGGCGCUGCUGCCCUGCUCCUCUCUAACCGGAGCCGUGACGCUCGGCGAGCCAAGUACCGGCUUCUCCACACCGUCCGCACUCACCGCGGCGCUGACGACAAAGCCUACCACUGUGUCUACGAAGAAGAGGACAAAGAUGGCCUCUCCGGCAUCUCUCUCUCCAAAGACCUCAUGGCCAUCGCCGGCGAAGCUCUCAAGUCAAACAUCACCACCAUGGGACCCUUAGUCCUCCCAGCCUCCGAACAACUCCUCUUCCUCUUCACUCUCAUCGGGAGAAAACUCAUCAACCCCAAAUGGAAACCAUACAUCCCAGACUUCAAACAAGCAUUCGAUCACUUCUGUAUUCACGCCGGCGGCCGUGCCGUAAUAGACGAGCUACAAAAGAACCUGCAUCUCUCGGCCGAGCACGUCGAAGCAUCUCGCAUGGCACUGCACCGGUUCGGCAACACGUCGAGCAGUUCACUCUGGUACGAACUUAGUUACAUAGAAGCUAAAGGCAGGAUGAGGCGUGGUGACCGGGUGUGGCAGAUCGGGUUCGGCAGUGGAUUCAAGUGCAACAGUGCGGUUUGGAAGUGCAUGCGCACGGUCAGGACUCCGACCGAAGGGCCUUGGGAUGACUGUAUCCACCGUUACCCUGUCCACAUUCCGGACGUUGUCAAGCUCUGAUGGGUUCACUCAUUCCCAUGCACUGUUUAAUUAGAAACAAGAAAACAAAUUAAGGUUGUGAAAUAAUAUAUAAGUAGCUAGCUAGAUUGCGUUAUCAUAUCUUUGGUUCUAGAAUCGGAAAAGAAGACAAAGUGUGAGUGAUUUCGAUCCUUCCAAUUCCAUCAUGUAUAAUUUACGUGUUUCUUCGUCCUUUGUUUACAGAAUAUCAUUAUUAAUUGUUGUCCUUUACAAAGUUUGAUUUGUAUUAUAUAUAUCAUGCGAAAGUAUAAAGUUCUGUUACUUUUUAAUCUC